ACAACUGAAAGUACUGGUACUCACUCGCACCUUGUGUUGGCUGUGGUCACUCAUGUCAGGCAGGAUUCCCAAGGCCCUGUGACCAAAAACUUGAGAAGAAUGUGUCAUGGUGCAUUCUCAACACUAGGAUAAGCUAUGAAUCUUUCCUUGUAUUUGCUUGUCUCCUCCCACCACUGUCUUUUGAAGGAUGAUGGUAAGCUCACCAGCCGUGUUCAUGUUGGUAUUGUUCCACAACAGGCCACCUUCUGGUGGGAGCCCACAUAAAAGGACAUGGAAGAAGGAAACUUUUGCUUGUUUGCCCUCACUCUUGCUGGCAAGUUUGACUAUCCUGUUGCUGCUGAUUUAAAUCUAAUUUCUUGAGGAUUCCAAUAUAAAGUAAAGACCAGCAGCAAUCCAGGAAAUCAUCCAGGCCUCCAGCGCCAAACUGACACUGCUGAGUCAUUCAAUAUUAUGGGCUGAACGACUACCAGAUUCCCAGCCUUUCUAUCCCAAGACAACCGAUGUUGGACUACUCAGAUACAUCCUCUUGGCUGCUGGCACUCCUCUGACUGAGGCGACCAUGGCAAGGGUCGCAGCACUAGUGCGGAAAACUGGAGAAUACGUGAAGACCAAGGAGUUCCGGGAUUAUAUAACCAUCACCCACUUCUGGGGUCCUGUUGCCAACUGGGGCCUCCCAAUGGCCACCUUCAAGGAUAUGAAGGCGCUUCCUGACAUCAUCAGCGGCCGCAUGACGAUGGCGCUCAUCUUCUACUCCAAGGCCUUCAUGUGCUUUGCCUACCAGGUCCAGCCUCGAAAUUACCUGCUGAUGGCGUGCCACUUUUCCAAUGUGGUGUCCUAGAGCAUUCAGGAGAGCCGGUACUUGAUGUGCCACUAAGGUGGCAGGGCCAAGGCCAGCAACCCUCCGGCCAAAUAAGCUUGAUGACUGGGGAAUGGGAGGAGUAGCUUGACCCAGACUUUGCAGCUUGCAAGCAAUGGACUCUAUUCCUCCUAAAGAAAGGCCAAGGGAAACUUUGGUUUGGACUCUAGAACAGCGAAAACCCGAUGUAAACCUGCAGUUUGGUUAAAAAAAAAAAAAAAAAGCAUCAAACUGAUCUUGAGUGUUGCCUGUUUUGUGAACUGUAUGGGGAAUGGUUUCCCAGGUACAGUCAGGGUUAGACAAGGGAGGAAGACAGGAGGAAAACCAAAAUAUCCACUCAUAGCUCACUAAAGAACAAAACAAAAAAACCUCUCUCGGGAACAGGCUUUUGGGUGCCCAGGGCAAACA